AUGGAACAGAAGUAUGAAAAUCGGGAGUCUGAGAACAUCCUUGGUGAUGAUUCAAUGAAAUCAGAUUUUAAUCCAUCUCCCAACAGAAUCUUCACAUUCAAUGGAAAAGAUGGCAAUUCAGAAGCAGCCAGGAGGCCUGGAGCCACUCUUGAGCGAGAAAUGGUUAAGGUUAGAGGAAAUAAUUUAUUCAUAAUCGUUGUGAGCUCAAUCAUGAUAUCUUUCUCAUUCGCUGAACUCAUGGUUUUUGCAUCUCCUUUCCUAGAACUGAUUCCUCCAAUGCAAUGCUUAAUUGAGAAUAAGUGGGAAACAUGUGAAAAAGAGCAAGCAUGUGCCCCAGGAGCUCAGUAUGUUCUUGUUGAGGAUGACAAGUACAGUUUAAAAAACUGGGUCACAGAUCUUGACCUUGUAUGAAGCCCUGAAUGGAAAAUAGGCCUAAUAGGGUCAGCAAUCUUUGUAGGAAUGUUCCUAGGAGCUCUUGUUCUAUCCCCUAUAUCAGAUACCUAUGGAAGAAGGCCAGUUCAUAUAAUUGGAGUACUUCUCUCUAUAAUAGGAAGUGUAUGGAUAUAUACCUUCCCAAAUUGGGUAUCUGUUCUUACAUCUCUAUUCUUUAAAGGAAUUGGAAUGUACACUCGACUUUCGAUAUCAUAUUUAUACACCUUGGAGAUGUUCGAUGAGGAGCGAUGCAAACUAGUAGCAUCAGUGAUAAUGUCUGUUAACAACGCUCUAUCAAGUGUUAUGGCUCUAUACUUUAUUUUUGGUGGAAGAGAUGCGACUUUUUUCCUCCUCUCAUCAAUCUUCAUUCUGGGAUAUUCGUUAGUUUUCAUCCCGAUGCUACCUGAAUCUCCCAAAUUUUUGUUCUCACUUAGAAAAUACGACGCUACUAGAGCUACUCUUAUUAGAAUUGCCAAGAUGAAUGGAGUAAAGUAUGAGAAAUUACCAUUUCAAGAAGAACUCGACCAGAAGGGCUUAGCUGCACUCAAAGCAGAGGCUCAUCUGCAGACCAUUGAAAAGGAAAAGAAGGAGAAAACUAGCUUCCUUGAACUUUUCAAAAACUUCAAGCUAUUCACAAACAUGUGAAUUACAAUCUUUGUAUUCAUGUUCAAUGUGUUUAGCAUGUACAUGAUAUCGUUCAUGGUAAAGUACCUCCCAGGGGAUAAAUAUUGGAACCUGUUCCUGAUCGGUCUGGCUGACUUCAUCCCAUCAGUCCUCAGCGGAGUGGUAAUGGCACUCCUACCUACAAAGAAGGCGAUGAUUCUGACCCACGGCUUUAUCUGUAUUUCAAUAGGGAUAUCCUUUAUCACAAACUAUUACGAUAAUGGAGGGAUCGUUGAUGAGAACUCUACAAUUGAAGGUUUUGACAUUGGCACAUUUAUCUCAAACAAUAAUGCAUACAUCAGCAUGGGAGUUAUCUUUUUGAUAAGAUUUGCAAUCACUUUAGAAAGUUGAUUGAACUUCUACAUUGUAUAUGAAUUGUUCCCAUCAAAGUUCGCCUCUGUAGUUUAUGGAGGAUGCAACAUCCUAGCUGGAUUAGUGUCGAUAUUCUCACCAAUGGCAGUAGAGAUAUUCGAUAACCCUCUAAUCCUUGUAUUUGUGAUGGCUUGUAUAUGCACAUUCCUUUGUACAAUUCUUACCGAAGGAACUAAAAAUAUAGUCUAA